CUGCUGCCAAUUACAAUGAAUAGCAAUGCCUGUAAUACUAAAUUGAUCUCUGUUAUUUUUUUUUUCAUCUCUGCAGGGGCACACCAAAACUGCGACAUUGAUUUCGACGGAAGCGGAGGGGACAUUGCGCAUUCUUGGCACACGGGUAAUAUGCACUUUGAUGACGACGAAAACUUCAAGGCGAUUUACUCCCCAUCUGUUGAGGGAAUCUACCUCUUGCGAGUGGCUGUGCAUGAAAUUGGUCACGUGCUCGGCCUAAACCACACCGAAAAGGAUCACUCGGUUAUGUAUGCAAUUUACAAUCAAGAUAGCAGCGUUGAUAGUGAAUUCGAAUUGGGAUGGGACGAUCGGAAAGAUGUUCAGAAAAUAUACGGUGUUUGUAGAGGUGCCUUCAAUACAGUGUUCGAUUGGGUUCGGAGACGACCAGAUAAUCGAUUUAUUUUCAAUACCUACUUCUUCAGAGGUAACCGAUACUGGAUGUAUGAGAAUCAUGCGAAUCGAACACGAUACGGGGACCCGCUCAUUAUUUCACGUGAGUGGAAAGGUGUGCCAAGCGAUAUUGAUGCAUAUGUACACAUCUGGUUCUACAACCAUCCCGGAAUUGUCGACGUCACCUAUUUCUUUAAAGGUGAAAACUAUUAUAUGUACGAAAGUAUGGAGGCUAAAGUGCUUGACGGUUGGCCAAAGAAAAUCUCAGAAGGUUUUGGUCCUAAACCAAAUGGCACUGAUCGUAUACCAAACAACGUGGACAGUGUCUUUUUUGACAUGAGAGACAGCAACAUAUAUUUCUUUAAAGAUGACAUGGUCUAUGUUUACAAUCCACGAGGAGAAGGUGCCCCUUCAAAGACCGGCUGCUGCGAGAGAAUUAGCAAAAUUACCGACGAAUUUCCAGCUGCAAAAGGCGAACGUCCACUUGAGGGGAAUCUUGAUGCCGUUUACUAUUCAUACAAGAAACAAUCAAUGUAUUUUCUGAAAGGCGAGGACGUUUGGAGGAACAGCAACUUCAGCCGGCGACAAAGUCCGCGAAAGAACACGAUUCGUUAUGAGGGCAAAUGGUACGACCAUUGGUACGACAUAUGUGAUGUGAAGUCGGACACGUCUGCUACCAGCGGCAUGAUCAACUAUGCAGGCGAUUGAUUUGUGAUAGACGUAGGAGGCAAAUACCUGAGCUACAACAUCUUAAAACGCAUACAUAUAAAUAAAUACAUAUAUAUAUAAUGCAUAGAGAAUGCAUAUGUAUUUCCGUGUAUAUAUAUAUACACAUACAUGUAUAUAUA